AUGAACAAGGUGUUCCCAGUUCUAAAUAAGGUGCUUAAGCUUCGCCUCUUCGCGCUGAACUGCCUGGAGAAGGUGGCGUGCUCGCCGUACCACGCACAGCAGCUCGUCGACAUCCUGAUCUGCUCCGACUACCGCGGACACUACUCGCACGGACUCAACCGCCUGCACGUUUAUGUGCACGAUCUGGCGACAAACUGCACCGCACGAGAAGGGGAACCAAUUAUCCUCAAAGAGAAGGGAUCUACGGCUUGGGUAGAUGGUCAAAAUCUGCUCGGUCCAGUAGUUGGUAAUUUCUGCAUGAAGCUCGCCAUAGAGAAGGCACGAAAGAAUGGUAUCGGAUGGGUAGUAGCGAAAAAUUCGAACCACUUCGGCAUUGCCGGUUGGUACACUCAGAGUGCUCUCCAGCAAGGACUUGUGGGGAUGGCAUUUACUAAUACGUCGCCAUGCGUGUUUCCGACGAAUUCGACCGAGAAAACCCUCGGCUCAAACCCGAUUUCCCUCGCUGCGCCCGCUCUCAACGGCGACUCGUUUUUCCUCGAUAUGGCCUCGACCACUGUCGCUUAUGGAAAGAUAGAAGUAAUGGAGCAACGUGGCGCAAAACGAAUUCCACGUGGAUGGGGAGCAGAUGAUUACGGUGUCGAAACACAGGAUCCCAAAAAAGUGCUGAAUGGAGGAGGACUGCAACCACUGGGAGGAUCAGAAGCCACUGGUGGCUACAAAGGCACGGGACUCUGCAUGAUGGUGGAGGUACUGUGCGGAAUCAUGGCCGGUUCGUCGUUUGGCAAGUCGAUCAGAAAGUGGCAGACGACUGACGAAAACGCAAAUUUGGGACAGUGCUUUGUUGCCAUCGACCCGGACUGCUUUGCUCCGCAAUUUAGCAAAAGACUUGGAUGUUUCUUAGCCGAAACUAGAGAUCUGAAUCCGGUUGAUCCGUCACAUCCUGUACAAGUUGCUGGCGAUCCCGAACGAGCUCAUAUGUAUAUGUGCGAUGAGCUGGAUGGAAUCGUCUACAAGAAAAGCCAACUUGCGCACAUAGUGAAACUUGCAAACGAUCUCGGAGUGCAAAUGUUUGAAGUGAAGAAAACAAGCACAGAAAAUCUCGAAGCUGAUCGAAGCCACAACAAGUUCAGUGUACAAAUUCAGUAA